AAUUUUGCUUCUUGCUUGACGGUUUUGAACGCAUCACCUGCAACCAGCAGGAGUGCAGCGCAAAUGGGCGGCGUGUUAUCCUGGACAAGGAAGACCUAACGCUCCUUGAAGCCGUAUUUUCCGCCUGUCGGUGCCGCCCCUAGCGUAAUGGCCAUAUUAAUGUCUGACUGUAAAUAUAUGUCGUGGCGGCUGUUUUUGGAGUAGUUCGCCUGUUUGUGGUGAUUCGGUCACGCUGGCCUGCCGUCCUGAGCGCUGUGUGUAGCGGUAGGUAGGUAACGUUAACGUUAAGCUAUGCUAACGCCAACAGCUCCAGGAGGGAGUUAGCUAGUACGCAGAGCAUCAUCUCAAGGGAGGGGAGACCGGUUGAAACCUAGUGUAGAUGCCUUGGCUGAGAUGAGUGUGAAGGCUUUUGAGCUUGUCCCCGCUGUGGAGCGAGAUCUCCUCAUGGGCGACAAGGCUCGCAUCAACAUCGAGUGCAUUGAAUGCUGUGGAAAGCACUUGUACAUGGGUACCAAUGACUGCUUCAUCCACCACUUCCUGCUGGACGAGGUCACUUCCUCCAAAGGAAAACUGAGUUACUCGGCUCAGAAGCUGCUGCACAAAUAUCUGGGCCUCAAGAAACCAGUUGCUGAGCUGCGUGCUGCCUCCGCUUUGGAGCGUUUGAUAGUACUUUGCGAUGGAAUUGUCUUCCUGGUUGACAUGGUGACACUGGAGACCGUGCCCUCGGCGGCAGGGGGAGGAGCCAAGAUCAGAGGUGUGACAGCGUUCUGCAUUAAUGAGAACCCAGUGAACGGUGAUCCGUUCUGUGUGGAAAUGGGUGUGCUCUCCUCCAAGCGGCGGACGGUGCAGAUUUACAUGGUGUAUGAGGACAGAGUGCAGCUGGUCAAAGAGGUGACCACUCCUGAGCAGCCCUGUGCCGUCAGUGUUGACGGGUACUUCUUGUGCCUGGCCCUGGCUACACAGUACAUGAUUCUGAACUACAACACAGGAGCCUCCCAAGACCUCUUUCCUUACAACAGUGAAGAGAGGAGACCCAUUGUGAAGAGGAUCGGCAGGGAGGAGUUCCUCUUAGCAGCACCUGGUGGUCUGGGAAUGUUUGCCAAUGCAGAAGGGGUAUCUCAGCGGGCUCCGGUCAACUGGUCCGAGAGCGUGAUUGGUGCUGCUGUGUGUUUUCCGUACGUGGUGGCUUUGGAUGAAAGCUUCAUCACCAUCCACAGCAUGUUGGACCAACAGCUAAAACAGACCCUUUCAUUCAGGGAUGGACACAUUCUGCAAGACUUUGAAGGAAGGGUCAUUCUGGCUUCCACUAAGGCAGUGUAUGUCCUGGUACCUCUGCCGCUGGAGAGACAGAUCCAGGACUUACUGGCCAGUCACAGAGUGGAGGAGGCACUCCUCCUCACAGAGGGAGCACAGCAAAAUAUUCCCAAAGACAAGUACCAGAUUUUGCACAAAAGAAUUCUCCAGCAAGCAGGUUUCAUACAGUUUGGCCAGCUUCAGUUUCUAGAAGCAAAAGAACACUUCAGGAAGGGUCAGCUGGAUGUGCGGGAGCUGAUAUCUCUCUACCCACUGCUGCUGCCAGCUUCCUCUUCAUUCACACGCUGCCAUCCUCCUCUCCACGAGUUUGCAGAUCUCAACCACCUGGCACAGGGCGACCAGGAAAAAGUGCUGCGAUGCAAGAAAUUCCUUAUCAGUUAUUUAGGAGAGGUACGAAGCACAGAGGUGGCCAAUGGCUGUAAAGAGGACGUGGACACUGCACUGUUAAAGCUGUAUGCUGAACAGGAUCAUGACAGCCUUCUAGAUCUGCUAGCUUCUGACAAUGCCUGCCAACUAGCAGACAGCCUUCCAUGGCUGGAGAAAUAUCACAAAUAUUUUGCACUUGGGCUGCUCUAUCAUUAUAAUGGUCAGGAUUCAGCAGCACUUCAGUUGUGGAUUCGAGUGGUAGACGGGGAUCUGCAGGACUCCACAAGAUCUGACCUUUAUGAGUACAUCGUGGACUUUCUCUACUCCUGUUCCAACCUGGACCUCGUAUGGAAGUAUGCAGACUGGGCCUUGCAGAAGGAUCCCACCAUAGGUGUCCACAUUUUUACCAAAAGGCCUGCCAGCAAAGAUCUGUCCGAACUGAACCCUGAUGAUGUCAUCACUUACCUGGGAAAGCACAGCCAGGCGCUGCUUCUCUACCUGGAGCACCUGGUGCUGGAGAGAAGGACAAAGAAGGAGAAGUUCCACACACACCUGGCCGUGUUGUACCUGGAGAGGGUCUUGUCACUGCUGUUGGAGUCGCCAACAGAUGAGCAGAAGCUCUCCAGAGCUAGAGAGAGGCUCCAAGCCCUGCUCAGGGAGUCCAAUCUAUACCGUGCACAGUUUCUUUUAGGUAAGAUGGAGGACUGUGAACAACUGCUGCUAGAGCGUGCAACACUACAUGGAAAACUGGAGGAGCAUGAUAAAGCACUGCAUAUCUUGGUUCACAAGCUGAGAGACUUCCCAUCUGCUGAGGCCUUCUGUACAUGGGCCUCUUCCUGUCGGGAUUCUGCGUACCGACAGCAGCUAUUUCACCUGCUCUUGGGGGUGUAUCUAGACACAAACCUUUCUGGAAAACCCCAGACUGCAGCAGGAGGUGGAGACCUGGAGAUGGCGGCAGUGGACCUACUAAAUCGGCACGGCGAGGUGUUUGAUGCAGUCCGUGUCCUGCGCAUGCUCCCCGAGGGCUGGUCACUGCAGCUGCUGCGGCCCUUUCUGGGUCGAGCCAUCCGGGCCAGUAUGCAUGCCUGCCGCACCUCCCAGAUUGCUCUGGGGCUAGCCCACUCUGAAAACCUUCAACUGCUGCAUGACCGGUUGAAAGACCGGAAGAAACCAGUCUUUGUGUCUGAAAAGAAAGGAUGCCACCUGUGCCACAACACCUUCAGUGAGCCUGACGUGGUGUGUCUGCCGGGUGGAGUGCCUGUCCAUACUCACUGUGUCGCCCAGAGAGUGAGAGACUCUCCCACAAAGAGACGGUUAACUAAUAGCAGUAACCACACGUGAGACUUGACACUUGAAGCUAUGGGGAUCAAAGGCAACCAAACAAAAGCAGGACAUGCUGAGGACUGUGGGGAUAACAAAAAGCACACAAGACCCAUUGCCAUAGUAGAGUCUGCUAUGGAGUUGAUGAGAAACACAAAGAAAGCUGUGCGAGUGUGUACGUGUGGGAGAGCGCACGGGAGAAACGGAUGAUUUCAUCUACAGUGUAUAUAUAUAUUCCUGUGACGCAAUUAUACCACACCGUCAGACAGCAAGUUUUGCUUUUUUUUUAACAAGUAAGAAACAACAGCUGAUUCAUUCACCCGACCCUUUAAUCCAUUUAAACCGAGAAUUCAUUCAAGACAGGCGCCUGUGCUUAUCGGUGGGUUCAGUGCUGAACCGGUCAUCGUCUUGGCUUGAACGGUUUUAAACCUGAAUUUGAGAAACUGCUUGAACUCCAGAACACACAAUAUUUGAAUAAGCAUGCACAAUAUUACCACUUUUACAGUUGCUGGUCUAAUCACCUCCGUAUGGAUAUUGUAUUAAUAUUGUCCUAACUUGCACAUUGCAUUGUUAGGUUUUAAUGUGAAAUACUACAAAGACUUAUCAGUACGUGGAAACGGAGUCUUUUUAUGUCUGUAUUUUACUCUCUGGGAUCUAGUCUCACUGCUGCUUUAUUUCCCCUCAGCCAUAAAGGCACUGGAUGUUUUAUUCACAGUAGUUCAGGUCAACCGUUUGAUCCCAAACUAUUAGUUACGAUGGUUAGUUAUUCAGUGUCGUCUGUGGAUCAACAACAGCGUAAAUACACUACAUGAAAUCUUACAUUGCUUUACUAAUCAUGGGUAACUGGGGAUUUAAUACUCAAAGUGCAUGAUGGACCAAUCAAAUUGACCCUCUAAAACCUGCAUAAAUCAAAUAUUUUUUACUGAUAAUGCCUGUUGGCACAUUAUGAAGAGUAUCAUUAAAUCAUGUGAAAUCAAGCCCCAUAAAUUUUGUCUUGUUUUGAGUAACAAAUGAAAUAAAUCGAGAUAGAUCUUCACCGCUCGCCUGCUCUCAUAGAUCCAUUUUUUUGGCUAGGGAACAGACAGUGAUACUGAUAAAGUUAAUUCAAAUCCUAUCAACGCAAAACACAUGUCAGUCAGUGGCAAACUUAAAUAAUAUUUAGAAGGGCCACAUCCAGAUUUCUAUUCUUAAAAUGAGAUUUGACGCAUGAAGUCUUCGGGUGGUAAUUGGUUCCAAACCUGAGAUAAUUGUAAUUCAUCAUCCUCAUUACUGUGGGUUAUUACGUUAUUUUUUUCACAGCUUACAUAUUGUGAUGUAAGAGAUGUGUUCAUUUUUAUUUAAGCUGUAAAAAAGUAUUAUGACCACAAAAUGGCAGUAAUUUGUAAAAUGUUUACAACAAAUUAAAUGAACUACAGGUUUAACAUGAUGGAAAUUACUUUAUGGUAUUCUUUAUCAUUCUACUAAAUGCCCACACUAUGCUUUUUAAAUAAUGGAGAUAGAUAGAUAGAUAUACACAUACACACACACACACUUAUAAAGCUGUUUGGAACAAAUCCUCCAAACCUGUUCCGUAUUUUCGAUACCACACCACAACCCGUUAACACACACCCUGGUCUUGGUUAAAAGGAAAUGCUUUGACAGUCAACUGUGCUGUUAAAGAAUCUUCAGAAUGAUGAAAAUGUACAAUGGUUGAGGGGUGACGUGAAAGAGGAUGAAUUUCUACCACAUUCCUAACAAAAGUAACAAAUUAUCAAAGGAAACGGCCGUCUCAUCAUGCAUGAUAUUGCACUGCACAUAACUCCUAAAAUUUUUCUUAAUGUUGGGAAAUAAAGAGAACCCAAAACCUGUAUCAUCCACAGCUCUGAUGGCCCAAGAACAACAUGUAGCUUGAUUGUGGAUACAUCUGUUCUCAUAACUGCUGGAGUUAUGGCUUUAACCUUUUCACCAUGACACCCCUCUUAAUAACUGAAACAAACAAAAUGAUAUCACGAAGACGUCCCAUAAUUCUUUACGGGUUUGUCAUCACAGAACGCCACUUUAUCCAUUCAGUCUUUUCUGAAUGACGUGUACGUGUUGGAUAACAAUAAAGGGCAGUUUUGACCUCAUAAGUGAUUCUCACAGACAGACAUAACUAAUGACAGGUGCAUAAUGUGUUUGUGUUGCUAAAUCGUGUGAACAGUAAAAAAAAAAAAAAAAAUCAGGGAAUAUUCCUAAAUGUCUGCCCCGGAGAUGAAGCUUUGCUGAAAAGAUGUUUUUGUCAAACUAUCUCGCUUUGAAAAAUUGUUACUUGAGGUGGCAGCGUGAAUUUCAUAACGGAGCAAUGAGAGAAAACCCUGACAAAAGCUGCUGUACACAAAAUACACUCUAAAGUUGAGUCAUCGUGUACCUCAGUGUUUUCGUAACACUUGUCUCUCGGCCUAGAGACGUGCCACUGUCUGUCUCUCGCUGAGCGUGCCCAUUCAGAUUUACAGGUAUAAAAAAAAAAAAAAAGAAGCUGUUUACUGUCCUAACUCUCUAAGAUCAGAAAAGGUGUAAACGAAUCCUAACUCUUUACACACUACAGUCUGUACAAUAUAUUCAUUCAAUUUAGUUCUGAAAAAGAGAAAAUUGGUCUGUAGCGUUGCCAGUUUGUAAUGUAAUAACCCAACAGAAGCAAAAACCAAAGGAACAGCGAGGUGGGUCUCCUCAGUUUAAUUGAACUCCCUCCCAAUUGUCCGACAUUCUUUAACUCCUCUGUGCUCAUGCUGUGCGUUCUGCUCGUUUCUCUGGUGCCUGUGCUGUUGAUGCUAUAGCCUUCUGUAAUUGCAACACAUUUCUGUGAGGGAACUUUUGUGCGCACAUGGGACUAUUUUUCUAACAUGGAGAUCUGGAUAUUGUAGAUUCUGUAGGCUUGACUCAGCUUAUCCACGGCAUCUUUCUGUCUGAACAGUUCAAGUGUAGCUUGCUUAAAAGGCCUCAUAACCAUCACUUCAAAUAAUGAAAAAAAAAAAAAAUACUAUUGUAUUUUAUAAAUAUAUGUAUUUACUGGUAUGUAUAUAUUGCAUUUGUACUUGUUUGAGCUUUCUAAAUCAAUGCCAAUGUGGAUGGAGAGUACAAACUGUAAAUCCGUCCCAUUUUAAUAAACAUGAAACUGUAUAUCAA